AUGCGCAACGACACCCCAACCGGCCGCUACAUGUGGGACGAAGCGUCCACGAUCGGAUACAUCCGUCUUGCGGCGAUUGACGACGUCCGCCAGCUCGUUGCCAACAUGUACACGGACGUGGAGGCGCUGAAUGCCCAGGCUAAGCCUUUCAAGCCCUCACCGGGCAAAAUCCGCUUGACCACCGCGAUUGACCUUGCGAACCCCAAUCACGAGUACAACCAGAAGACGGUACUGCGCGCGCCCCUCUCCGCACUCCCGCUGAAGGACGCCGCCGCCGUGCGCCGCUUCCAGCUCCUGGCUGGGCCGAGGUGGACGCCCGGAGAGCCGGGGUCGAGCGAGUUGGUGGCCGACGGCGACGGGUGGUUCAAGAUCAGCGAGGCGCGCUACCCUGCCAUCCGGAUGAAUCGGAAGAGCGCCAGCGACAUGUUGGAACGGCUGGUGGCUGCUGCAAAUGACCCCAAGUCGCCCAUACCCGCCGAUGCGCCGAUUGACGCGCGCCACUUGCUCGCGAAGCAGCGCAAGUUCGGCGGUGUUAAGCGCUACGCACGGCGCGAGGCGCUCCAGCGCCGGCCCGAGGUCGUUGGCGGCGUCAAGGGGUUCCCGAAGGAGUGGCUGUCGCCGGAGGCGCAGGCUAAGGUCAAAGCAUGA